AUGGAACCAAGGUUUAAUGUGACAUACAUUAUUCUUGGAGGCUAUGCAGAACUACAGAAGUACAGAUACCUCUAUUUUGUCAUCAUGGUUACUGCAUAUCUUCUCAUAAUCUUUUGGAACACUUGUAUUGUUUGCCUUAUUAUUGUUCACAAAAACCUCCAUGAGCCUAUGUAUGUUUUCAUUGCUGCUUUGUUAAUCAAUUCUAUUUUUUACAGUACUAACAUUUACCCUAAGCUCUUCAUAGACUUUUUAUCCAAAAGGCAGAUCAUAUUCUAUCAAGCUUGUCUUUUUCAAAUCUUUGCAUUUUAUUCUUUAAGUUGUUCAGAAUUCUUACUGCUGGCAGCAAUGGCCUAUGACAGAUAUGUCUCUAUAUGUAAACCUCUGCAAUAUCCAUCCAUAAUGACAAGAAAAGCUGUUAGUGCUUUGCUUGUUUCAGCUUGGCUUAUACCUGCCUAUCAUGUUUCAGUCUCCGUUAUACUCAGUUCCCAUAGAAGACUAUGUACAAACACCUUAAAUGGGAUUUAUUGUAAUAAUGCAGCUCAUGGUCUUUAUUGUGUGAGUUCAGUAGCACUUUCCGUUUAUGGUGUAGUUGUUUUAUUUAAUACUGGUAUUUUUCCAAUGCUUUUCAUAGUCUUUACAUAUACAAAGAUAGUAAUAAUAGCCUAUAAGAGUUGCAGAGAAGUCAGAAAAAGAGCUGCACAGACCUGUUUGCCUCACCUGCUGGUUUUAUUUAACUACUCCAUUCUGUUUACAUAUGAUGUUUUUAUAGUCAAGUUGGAAUCAGAUAUACCGAGGACUGCAAAACUUUUAAUGAGUCUUCAAAUAAUUACAUAUCAUCCACUCUGUAAUCCGCUUAUAUAUGGAUUAAAAAUGAAAGCAAUUUUGGUACAUCUAAAAAAAUUCUUUAGUCAGUCCAAAUGA